AUGCUCGACGACCAUUGCUGUGAUGAGCAAUGCGGUUCAUCAAUUAUCGAUUUAUCCACACCGGACACUCUUCAACGUGAUUUUAACAAUUGGCUUAAUGUAAGUUUAUCAUCUCUGCCUCUGCGUUUCCAUUUCUACCCAGCUGAUAUUUAUCGGUUUAAUACCGACCUUAUCCAGUUCAUUCAUUAUUUUUGCCUUUUGCCAUGCAAACCUACGAUUAUAAUACCUACUAUUAUUUUCUACCGCCUUUCCAAAAUUUUCAGCAGCAGCAGCAAACCGAAAAUGAGUCGAUUUACGGCUCGCCGCAAAGUGAUUGUGGUGGAUCGAGCAACGGCGAGAAGAGUGUGAAGGAUGAAAUUGUCACGGAACCCGAGAAGAAAAUCAUUACUGAUGGCAGGAAAAAUCGAAAAAAGGGUGAGAUUUUCUAAAUCACGAGUUCGAGUUCACCCCGAAGUUUUUCUGAUCUUCCCGAUCUUAUUCAAGAAAACAUCAGAAAAAUAUGUAUUACAUAAUUUCACUUUCACCCGAAAAAACGAUCAUUGUUCGCAUUUCCAACCAAACUAUCUAUAUAAAUAUUUUUCGGGAACAAAUUUAGGUUCGGGAACAAAUUUAUAUGGUCGCCCGUAUUGCCCAGGUCGACCGCUUUCAAUGGAUGAACGUCGACGGAUAAUCGAGCUGCAUAGCGGUGGAAUGAAAGUGAAUGCGAUCUCGAAACUUUUGUGCAUUUCACAUGGAUGUGUGAGCAAGAUAAUUAGUCGAUUUCGAGCAACUGGCGUUUUGCUACCUGCUUGUAGUCCAGAACAACGGAAAUCGAGGAAAAGAAAGACUGAGGAGCCAACUUAUAUUCCUGAAUACGUCGUGAGUCCUCUGAGAUUCUAAAUUCUAUCUAUAUAUAUAAUUUUUAUCCAGAUCCCUGAUCCGAAUGGAAAUGAUUAUAUGAAUAUGUAUCCAAUAGUUCAACAAAUUCCACAAGAUUCCAAUCUACAAUCAUCGUAUUAUCAAAUGAUCUCAUAA